CACAAUCUGUAGGAACUCUCUCUCUGCGCUCGUCCUCACUAGGUCCUGAUCCAGCUACUCAGGAUCAGGAUCACGCAGUACACUAUUCGUCUGCAUCGACGAGCCCCUCCGCUUUCCCACAAUCAAAUCUGUCACUUGGCCACGAAUCCGACGAUUCCACGUCUUCAGCACAGAACACGUCGCAUAUAAUCAUGGAUGUGGACAUAGCCGAAGGCGAGGCCUCAAAUCCACCGUCUCAAUCCCCUGAUCCCGCUCCUACACGGAAUCCACGGCGUUCGCGGGUCGAUGAAGACAUCGACGAGGAGGACAUGCGCGAGACCAAUCGUCAACGUUUGCACUCCCCUACACCCGACCACCAGCACGAGCCGGAGCUCGCUUCGCAGCCCCCUGAAGCACAUGAAGCGCAGCAGAAUGCUCCUCGCACACCGCCACCGCCCUACAGCCGGCUCGUCUACACAUUCGACAUUUACCCGCCACCGCCACCCACGCCUCGGCAGGAGGGCAUGCAGGAAGGUGCUCAGGCUGACCCGCAGCAGGAUCAGCAACCACCGCACUUCCACGGCCCGUCGAUGUACAACUUCACCUUUCAAAUCCCUAUCGUGCCGCCCACUCCUAAUGCAGAGGGAGUCGUUCCUCCGAUGGGCAUGCCUGACUUCGCCCAGGGAUUUGCUCCUGGCGGCGAAGGAUUCUUCUUCCCGUUCUUCCCAUUCCCCUUCGGAGAGGCACGCGAGCCAGAGCCUGACGAUCCGGAACGUGCAGAAAAGCUCAUUCGUGGCCUUGAGGUGGUUCCUCCGGGGCUCGUGCAACGGAUAGAGCGGACGAGCACUGAUGAAGGAGACGCGAUGUGUUCAGUUUGCUGGGAGAAGCUUAGUUCGGAAGGCGGCGAUCUCGAGCAACAGACGCGCACGGAGGGCAUCGAGAGCAGCGGUCCAUCAGAGGCGUCGAUGGAAGUUGACAGCUCUUCCCCAUCCAACGAUCCGCUAUAUUCACAUCUGAAGGAUCUGCCAAAAGUCGUUGCUCUCCCAUGCUCUCACGUCUUUCAUACGUCGUGCCUGCUGCCCUGGUUCACGAAGCCGCAUCGUACCACAUGCCCUACGUGUCGUUUUGACAUCGACCCCGAGUCACUUACAUAUGUGCCGCCCCGACAGCGUAGGAUGCAGCAGGCUCCACAGGGGCAGGAACCGGCGCAGGCGCCGGCUGGUGUCCAACCAACACAACCACAGCCGCAACUCGCGCAGGCUGGCCCACAGCCCACCCCGGGUACCGCACCUGGUCAGGAGCAGGGUGCUCAGCCACGGACGGGCGCUCCUCCGUUCAUGCCGCUCGAAUUCAGCCUUUACUUCCCCGUUGCGCCGGGCGUGAUGCCCGGCGGCACGCCCCCUGCUCCCACAGAUGAAGUUACUGCCCAGGGCCAAGUGCCAACGCGGGGCCAGUCUCCACCGCCCCACCGGGGCUUCUUCGAGCGACUCUUUCGACCGCGACAUCACCAACCGGCCGAGACGCAGCAACAACCGCAGCCCCAACCUGCGGCUACUCCCGACGCUGCUCUCCCACCAAUCCCACCGGGCGGUGGCGGCGCUAUUCCAGGAUACGUCCGUCUAGAUGAUCAGACGGCUCGUACCUUUUUGCAGAACUUAUUUGGCCCAAUCCCACAGCGGGGCCCGGCGAACGCGCCCAACGCUGCUGCAGGCGGACCAGCGCCUCAGCAACGUCCAGCUCCACAGACAGGCGCCCACACCCAAGGCCGUCCUCGGCCACCUGAGAAGCGCCAGUGGACGUUACCAGCCCCGCCUGGCCUGACGCUGCGGCAGCGGGUCGAGCGUAAGGAGCGGGAGAUGGGCUUGCGUUGCUGGGACGUGAGCUGUGGACUCGGCCCGUCCGACGAGGACCCUGUGCCUGUUGUCGAUCCGCGCACGAUCCGUCAGAUCUCAAUCCGUCCACUCGGCGGUGUCGGCGAGAAGGUGUGUGAGCAUACGUUCCACCCGUCUUGCCUUGUGAGUGCGGAGCGGGUCGCGGGGUGGGGCGGCGAGGAGAAGAAGGAGGACAAGGAGGGCAUGGAGGAGGUGGAGGUGUCAUGUCCCGUCUGCAGAGCCGUGGGUGUCAUCCCGCGCACGGAUUGGGACGAGGGCGCGUGUACACUCGCGUAGGCUGCGAUCUUC